CCAAUAUCUGCAUCCAACAAACCCCUUCAAUCAUCUUCCGCAGCCUACGAUUGGGUGGGAGAAUAAUACUAUAAGGUAUGAGGAUAGCAUGAUAUCAUCCAACCCUGAUACCUACGCUACUCCUCCAUACCGAAUUCUUAAACAAAGAAUACCAGGAUUUUUCUCUCCACCUGUACAACAAACGAUAAAGAAAAUGCCUUCCAAACCCAUCAACUCCCCGCCCCUUCACCCGAAAAAGGUCGACGGCUUUGUCCGGGACGACGCCCCGGUCGACGACUAUGAAAAUACCUGGAAGUCGCAGGAAGAGGAAGAAGACGAAGAACAACUGCCAUUCAACGCCCCGAAUAUUGCCGCGGCAAGACGGAUGAAUAAUGAGCGAGUGCAGGCGGGGGAGCGCGAUCAUUACGGGACGACGGGGUCGAAGAAUCGGUCUACGACGGGGCAUUAAUUCCUCUCGCUAUUGGACAGG